CGUCUCUUCGGUUUCUCAUACGACACGGAUUACUUCCGCGAACGUUCUGCAGCUGACUCUAGCCUCACUGUGGAUUCACAGACUGGGCCCACGGCGUGUGUGAAAGAGCGAGACUCGGUCGCUCUACACACGGCCUGCGCGGAAGCGAGUUCAAAGGCGUUGCAGCCACGCUGUGCUACCCGUGCUCGAUCAUGUCUCUACCCGACCAUCCAAACGCUACGACGACACAACCAGACGGCUCGCCCGCCUCUCAGCCUGUUGCGAUGCGCCGGUCUCGCUUCUUUUUGGAACCCGAAGUAGUCUUUCUCCGUGUGUCUGAUGAAGACAAGAGGGAAGAACGUUCGUUCAAAGUCCAUCGAUAUUUCCUCGAGCGCGACUCCGAGCUGUUUCGUGGGAUGUUCGCAUGCCCAACUGGUGCGGACGCGAGCUCUGAAGGGCAGACAGAAGAGACGGCAGUACAUCUGCCCGACGUGACGCCUUGCGAGCUGGAAUGCUUGAUGUCGUUUCUGUAUGAAGGAAUGUACGACCGCGUCAUAUCUCUGGCGGAUUGGGUUGCGUUGCUAUCCGUCUCGUCACGCCUGCUCUUUGACAAAAUCCGAGAGCGCGCUAUAUCGGCCAUCGAGGCGCACGUCCCGCCUCUGGAGCCCGCCGAGAGGAUCCUGCUUGCAACGAAACACGACAUCCCCCAAUGGUUGAAUCCCGCAUUCACAGAGCUUUGCACGAGGUCGGACCCCCUCAGCGACGCAGAAACGAGUAAACUGGGGGCGGAUAUCGCAGAGCGGGUGGAGCGGGCGAGGGACAUGGUGAAGUCGCGCGCGGGAUACGACCAGCCAGGCGGUGCUGGGUUCCCGAAGGCAUACCUCGGCUGUGGCUGUAAAGACUGCAGGGAGGCACGGAGUGAGAGCGUUCGAGUCAGCUAUGUGGACAUGGUCAAUAGUGUCAUCAAGGAGACGAUAUCUCUGCCAUCGUGAAGGCUGGCUCACCAUUCCUAGUCUAUCCCCAGUCUAUCAAUACAUGCAUCGUGCCCAUGUCGAGUCUUCAAUUCAUCAUUUUGCUUCCAUUGGUGACCUGG